GCGAGUUGAUGACAAAAAAAAUUAUUAUCCGCCGCGCUCAGCCAUGAGCUGUUUGGAUGUUAUGUACCAAGUCUACGGCCCUCCCCAGCCGUACUUCGCAGCAGCCUACAGCCCCUACCACCAGGUAUGUGCGGGGGGCAGCGGUGAAGAGGCACCGGGUGGGAGGGGUGUCAUCUGGAGAAUGGCCGUCUGGGGCCUUACCAAAAGGAAAAAGGGAAAAGGAGAAGGGGAGGGGAAAGGGUGGGGGAAGAUCUGGGAGGCUGCGAUGGUGAUCGGAGCAGAACUGCAUCCCACCUUUGCGCGGGGCUCGGCCGGCUGCUCGCCCAGGGUAUGUCCGCCGGCGGCGAUUUACGGUCUGCGAGCUGCUUCGGGAGCGGGAUUUACCAAAAGGAAAAAGGGAAAAGGAGAAGGGGAGGGGAAAGGGUGGGGGAAGAUCUGGGAGGCUGCGAUGGUGAUCGGAGCAGAACUGCAUCCCACCUUUGCGCGGGGCUCGGCCGGCUGCUCGCCCAGGGUAUGUCCGCCGGCGGCGAUUUACGGGAGGGGCAGAGCCCUGGGGAAAGGAGAUCCGUGCUCCCUGGGUGUUCAUGCUGAUUUUCCUCUUUCACUGUCUCCCCCGUCCCACUCUCUUUACCUAGACGGCUCCUUUCCCAUGAGCCAGCGCAGCUUCCCACCGUCCUUCUGGAACAGCACGUACCAGCCCUCCUCUGUCCCUGCCACCCUGAGCAGCCCCUUGGCGGCUGCCGCCCACAGCGAGCUACCCUUCGCCGCCAUGCACGAGGGCUACGGGCCCCACUUUGACCCCCGCUACGGCUCGCUGCUAGUGCCCACUGCCUCCGUCCGCCCCCACCGCCUCACGCCUGCCUCCGUGCCCACGCCAGUCAGCCCCCAGUGCGAACUGGGCAAGAGCGAGGCGGGGGCCGCUGCAGCCUGGACAACACCGGGACCCUUCCCCAACACCACAGGGGACAUGGCACAGAGCCUUGGCCUCAACGUGGAUGCAGCUCGACGUUACUCCUUCUGUGGUGGAUCCCUUCUCAGCUGAUCUGCUGCCUCAAAGCCUCCCCCUUGCCCUUUUCCAAGCCCACCGUGGCCCUGCAACUCGGGGAAAGACAACGGGACUUAAAACAACCUGGCAAUGCAAGGAUGGUACUUUAGACUCAUUUUGGAGAGGACAAUCCUUCUGUUGAAAGAGGAGAGCCAAAGACUUUGAACUUUUAUUUAAACAAAUUCCACACCCAGAACUGCAGUCAGACUACUUUAAAAGAGUCAAAUGACAUCGCAGAUGGUGAUGCAAAACCACUGGUCUUCUUACAGGGGACAGAGGAAAUCUUCUUUUUUUAGUGGUGUGAAUAUUUUUUUAUGGCAGUGAAAAAUUAUUUCUUGAAAGCAAUGUGGGAAAACUAUUUAGCAAUUUUGAACUGGAUUUUUACUUUACAUUAUAGAAAAGUAAAAAGAGAAGAAGAUGGGAGUGCUUGAACAUUUUUGGACUAUCAAAAAACUGGUCAGAUCUUUCAGCUUUGUGGUUAUGAGUGGCAAGUGUCUAGCUUGGGCCACCUGCCUUGGGCUUACAGAAAUGCAGCUGUUCCAGGGACAACUGUUCAAACUCCAGAAAUAUGAAAACCAAGGUGGCACUUCUCAGCGUUUGGCACAACAUUU